AUGCAUAUCCUCUCCUUCGUCGGGGCUCUGGCUCUUUCAGUUUGUGCUUUUAGUCAUCCUACUGAGCACCAACUUCUAUCUCCUCGUCGCGCCGGUUUUGACCUGGAAAAGUUUCGGUUGGCGCCCAACGCACAAUAUGUCGAUUCCAAUCAGCAGAUCCCCGUCUCUACCACAAAUGUCGGCCUAAUCGAGCAAAGUUACGUCGAAAGCGCCAUCCAGCUGGUCAGGGAAACAUUCCCCAACACAACCUUCCGCCUCCGAGAGGAUCACUAUGUUGGGGACAAUGGUGUGGCACACGUUCACUUUCGUCAGACAGUCCACGACCUAGAUGUCGACAAUGCGGAUUUUAAUGUUAAUGUCGGUAAAGAUGGCAAGGUCUUCUCCUAUGGAAACUCCUUCUAUACCGGCCCAAUUGCCAACAUCACGCAGUUGACAAAACGUGACUUCACCGAUCCCGUGGCUGCGUUGAGAUUCGCAUUGACCCAUCUUCAACUCCCCAUCAAGGCAGAUGGUGUGUCUGCGGAAGCCACGAAGCAUCCUCAUAAGUAUACCUUCCGAGGCACGGCUGGGGCCAUCUCAGACCCGAAGGCACUUCUUGUCUACCUUGUGAAGCCUGACGGGACUCUGAACUUGGCAUGGAGAGUAGAGACGGAUGUAGAAGAUAAUUGGCUUUUGUCCUAUGUGGAUGCAAAAACCGCUGAGGAAAUUCAUGGUGUGGUUGACUAUGUUUCCGAGGCCACCCUCCAAGUCUAUGGUUGGGGAUUUAACGACCCUAGCGAGACAGACGGCCGUGUCAGUGUUGCUGACCCGUGGGUUCUGACGGCGUCGCCGUUGACUUGGUUCGGCGAUGGACAGAAAAACUGGACUUCAACACGGGGGAAUAAUGGCAUUGCCCAAGAGAACUUCGAUGGUGGGCCGCCUUACAUUGAUAAUUUGCGUCCCGACAGCGCUACCCUCAAUUUCACUUAUGCGUACCCGACAGGUGAAUCUCCCAAGGACUAUAUUAAUGCUUCAGUUACCCAGCUUUUUUACACAGCCAACGCAUACCAUGAUCUCCUAUACAUCCUGGGCUUCACAGAAAAGGCAGGUAAUUUCCAAUGGGCCAACAGAGGCUUGGGAGGCAAGGAGAGGGACUAUGUCAUUCUGAACGCGCAGGAUGGAGCGAGCAAGAACAAUGCCGAUUUUGCUACUCCACCGGACGGAUACCCAGCCCGCAUGCGUAUGUAUAUGUUCACACACACCACACCACCUCGGGAUGCAGUGUUUGAGUCUGGGAUUGCUAUUCAUGAGUAUACCCAUGGCUUGUCGAUGCGACUUACCGGAGGCCCCGAUAAUUCUCGGUGCUUAAGCGCUUUCGAGUCAUCCAGCAUGGGGGAAGGCUGGGGUGAUUUCAUGGCGACUGCGAUCCGUCUCAGGCCUAAUGACACACGCGCGACGAAUUAUGGAAUGGGGAUGUGGGUUUACGAUAAUCCACAAGGUAUCCGACAGUAUCUUUAUUCGACUUCGAUGGAAACAAACCCACUCAACUAUACGUCAUUGAAUCGAAUGUAUCAGGUCCAUGCAGGUGGAACCGUCUGGGCCUCGAUGCUGUACGAAGUGUUAUGGAAUUUGAUUGAUAAGCUCGGAAAGGACGACAGCCCGCGGCCAACAUUUGACGAACGGGGUGUGCCCAAGGAUGGUAAAUACUUGACGAUGAAGCUAGUAAUCGAUGGCAUGGCUUUACAACCCUGCAACCCCAACUUUAUUCAGGCCCGCGAUGCCAUCCUCGACGCGGACCAGGCUCUGACAGGGGGCCAAAAUAAAUGUGAGAUAUGGACUGGGUUCGCCAAGCGUGGUCUGGGGCAGAAAGCCGUGUAUCAAAGUGGUAGGCGCGUGGCCAGCUAUGAGAUUCCCGGAGAUGUGUGCAAGAAGAUCUAG